CGGGCAGAGUGCAGGGGAGGGCAGUCCCCAGAGCAGGAGUGCACCGGGGCGCCUGCCGGCAUAAAGUUAGUGUAUGUGGGGGGCCUCGCCCCGGUGCCCGGGUUGUGGGCUUUGGUCCUCAGCCCUCCCUCCGUAAGUCAUCCUGCUGAAGGAGGAGACCCGUUGAUCUAGCUGGCUGUUCUCAGGACGAGGCUCAGUGUGCUGCCAAGGUCCAUCCAUGCCGGGGUGUUUAGCGGAGCUGAGUCCCCGUUUUGAGGAUAUUGUCGGAAUUUGCAACUAGGGUAUUUCAAAGAUGAACUAAAAUACAAUGGAAGCCACUUCACUGCAGAGGAAAUUUCCUGAAUGGAUGUCCGCACUGAAAGCAAGAUGUGCUGCAGAAGAAAAGAAGGCAUGUAUUCAGAAGAGUGUUCUGGAAGAUGAUCUCCCAUUCUUAGAAUUCACUGGAUCCAUCGUUUACAGUUAUGAAGCCAGCGAUUGCUCUUUCCUGUCUGAAGAUAUCAGCAUGCGUCUCUCUGACGGCGAUGUGAUCGGAUUUGACAUGGAAUGGCCACCUGUAUACAAACAAGGGAAACGAAGCAGAGUUGCCGUGAUCCAGUUGUGUGUGGCUGAGAGCAAAUGUUACCUGUUUCACAUCUCUUCUAUGUCAGUUUUCCCCCAGGGAUUGAAAAUGUUACUAGAAAAUAAAUCAAUUAAGAAGGCAGGUGUUGGAAUUGAAGGAGACCAGUGGAAACUUCUGCGUGAUUUUGACAUCAAAUUGGAGAGUUUUGUGGAGUUGACGGAUAUUGCCAAUGAAAAGCUGAAGUGUGUGGAAACUUGGAGCCUCAAUGGUCUGGUUAAACACGUCUUAGGAAAACAGCUUUUGAAGGACAAGUCCAUCCGCUGUAGCAAUUGGAGUAAUUUCCCCCUCACUGAUGACCAGAAACUGUAUGCAGCUACUGAUGCUUAUGCUGGUCUUAUCAUCUAUCAAAAAUUAAUGAAUUUGGGUGAUACUGUACACGUGUUUGCUCUAAAUAAAGCAGAGGAAAGCCUACCUAGUGAGAUGAAGAAACAGUUGAACUCAAUCUCAGAAGAAAUGAAAGACCUAGCCAAGCAUUUCCCUGCCACUUGCAGAAACUUGGAGACUCUACAGAGGGUUCCUAUAAUAUUGAAGAAUAUUUCAGAAAAUCUAUGUUCAUUGAGAAAGGUGAUAUUUGGUUCUACAAACACUGAGAUUAAACUGGAGCAGGGGACUAGUUUUAAUUUAAUGUCGCCGGAGGAUUCAGCUGCUGUUGGAGACCAAGAGAAACAAAUUAGAGAACAUGGCGAUUUUCCUAAAAUUAAAGAAGAGGAAUGGGACCCAGAAUUUGACAAUUUAGUGGAACACAAUGAAGUUGAUGUCUUUAGAAAUAAAGUGAAGGAAGAAGAAGGUGGAUUUGAAGAUGAAGUAGAAGACAAUCUGUUGAGAGAAGAGAUGGAAAGAACUUGUUUGAUGUUCGAUAUUUCAGAAUAUGAACUCCAAAUUUUGAAAGAGCAGACUGAAGAAAAAGAAUGUAAUGAUGUUUCUCACCAAGCUUCUGAGCAUUUAUCUCCCACUGAUGAUGAAAAGGAUUCCUCUUAUAUAAUUGAAAGUGAUGAAGAUUUAGAAAUGGAGAUGCUUAAGUCUUUAGAAAACCUAAAUAGUGACAUGGUGGAACCAACUCAUUCUAAAUGGUUAGAAAUGGAAAGCCAUCCUCCGGAGGAGGACGACGGAGAUGGGAAUGAAGCCAUUAAAGAGGAACAAGAAGAUGAGGACCAUUUAUUGCCAGAGCCCAAUGCAAAGCAAAUUAGUUGCCUCAAGACCUACUUCGGCCAUUGCAGUUUUAAACCGGUUCAGUGGAAAGUCAUUCAUUCUGUAUUAGAAGAAAGAAGAGAUAAUGUUGUUGUCAUGGCAACUGGAUAUGGGAAGAGUUUGUGCUUCCAGUACCCACCUGUUUAUGCAGGCAAGGUUGGCAUUGUUAUUUCACCUCUCAUUUCUUUGAUGGAAGACCAAGUUCUCCAGCUUGAAAUGUCCAACAUUCCAGCCUGUUUACUUGGAUCAGCACAAUCAAAAAAUAUUCUAGGAGAUAUUAAAUUAGGCAAAUACAGGAUCAUAUACAUAACUCCAGAAUUCUGUUCUGGUAACCUGGACCUACUCCAGCAACUUGAGUCUAAUAUUGGUAUCACACUUAUUGCUGUGGACGAGGCUCACUGUAUUUCUGAGUGGGGCCAUGAUUUUAGAAGUUCAUUCAGGACACUGGGAUCUCUUAAAAUAGCACUCCCAUUGGUUCCAGUCAUUGCCCUCUCUGCUACUGCAAGUUCUUCGAUCCAGGAAGAUAUUAUACGUUGCUUAAACUUGAAAAACCCUCAGAUCACCUGUACUGGAUUUGAUCGACCAAAUCUGUACUUAGAAGUUAGACAAAAAACAGGAAAUAUCCUUCAAGAUCUAAAGCCAUUUCUUGUCCGAAAGUCCAGUUCUGCCUGGGAAUUUGAAGGUCCUACUAUCAUCUACUGUCCUUCCAGAAAAAUGACAGAACAAGUUACUGCUGAACUUGGGAAACUGAACUUAGCCUGCAGAGCAUACCACGCAGGCAUGAAAAUUAGUGAACGGAAGGAUGUUCACCAUUGGUUCCUGAGAGAUGAGAUUCAGUGUGUUGUAGCUACUAUAGCUUUUGGAAUGGGCAUUAAUAAAGCUGACAUUCGCAAAGUUAUUCAUUAUGGUGCUCCUAAGGAAAUGGAAUCCUAUUACCAGGAAAUUGGUAGAGCUGGCCGUGAUGGACUUCAGAGUUCUUGUCACUUACUCUGGGCUCCAGCAGACUUUAACUUAACUAGGCAUCACCUUCUUGAAAUACACAAUGAAAAGUUCCGAUUAUAUAAAUUAAAGAUGAUGGUAAAAAUGGAAAAAUAUCUUCAUUCCAAUCGAUGCAGGCGACAAAUCAUCUUGUCCCAUUUUGAGGACAAACGACUACAGAAGGCCUCCUUGGACAUUAUGGGGACUGAAAAAUGCUGUGAUAAUUGCAGGCCCAGAUUGAGUCAUUGCUAUUCCACUAACGACUCAGAGGACACAUUCCAAGACUUUGGCCCCCAAGCAUUCCAGCUGCUCUCUGCUGUGGACGUCCUACAGGAGAAGUUUGGAAUUGGCAUUCCUAUCUUAUUCCUCCGAGGAUCCAAUUCUCAGCGUCUUGACGAUAAAUACCGCGGUCACAAGCUUUUUGGCACUGGCAAAGACCGAGCAGAGAGCUGGUGGAAGGCUCUGUCUCACCACCUCAUAGCUGAAGGAUUCUUGGUAGAAGUUCCCAAACAAAACAAAUUUGUAAGGACUUGCUCCCUCACAAAAAAGGGUAGAAAAUGGCUUGGCGAAGCCAGUACACAGUCUCCUCCGAGCCUUAUCCUUCAAGCUAAUGAAGAGAUGUGUCCGAGGAAGGUUCUGCCGCCAAGUUCUAAUCCCGUAUCUUCAGAAAUGAAGCAACAUUCUUCUGAUGAAAAGUCAAUUGGAUUAACUACUGAGCAGUCUAAUUUGGAGAGAAUGUAUUCAUUCAAAGCAUCUGAGAAAUCUUCUGGGAGUAACAUUCCUAAAAAAAGUGUCGGGAUGCAGUCGCCAGGAACAUCUUCCAGCUCCUCGCAACCUGUCAUUUCAGCCCGAGAGCUGGACACCAGGACUGCGUUAUAUGCCAAGUUGGUGGAGGCAAGGCAGAAACAUGCUAGUAAAAUGGAUGUGCCUCCGGCUAUUCUAGCAACAAAUAAGAUUCUCCUGGAUAUGGCCAAAAUGAGACCAACUACUGUUGAAAAUGUGAAACAGAUUGAUGGUGUCUCUGAAGGCAAAGCUACCCUCUUGGCCCCUCUGUUGGAAGUCAUCACACAUUUCUGUCAAGUGAACAGUGUUCAGACAGACCUCUUUUCGAGUACAAAACCACAAGAGGAACAGAAGAAAAAUCAGGAAGCGGAAAACGGGGAGUGCUCCCUCUCACAGUCUGUGGCUGUCACGUAUUCUUUAUUCCAGGAAAAGAAGAUGUCCCUGCACGGCAUCGCUGAGAAUAGACUCCUGCCUCUCACGGCGGUUGGCAUGCACUUAGCCCAGGCGGUGAAAGCUGGCUACCCCCUGGAUAUGGAGCGAGCUGGCCUGACCCCAGAGGUUCAGAAGAUUAUUGCUGAUGUUAUCCGAAACCCUCCCGUCAACUCAGAUAUGUAUAAAGUUAAACUCAUUAGAAUGUUAGUUCCUGAAAACAUCGACACGUACCUUAUCCACAUGGUCAUUGAGACCCUUGAGAGUGGUGACGGCAGAAGCCAGCCUUCCUGCGACCCCAACAGAAAGAGAUGCUUCCCCAGCUCUGAAGAGAGCGGUGUGAGCUUUAAGAAAAGCAAGGACGUAGCCACUGAUAGCAAGACGUCAUCUGAAGUGUCAAAGAGAAAAUUACCUGAGUGGUUUACCAAAGGAAGUGUGCCCUCGGCUGAGAUGGGCAGCUCAUCAGUGGCCAAGACAAAAAAGAAAGGUCUUUUUGGUUAGGAUGACUUGUGUGUCCUACUGUCUUUAUUCCUGUAAAGAACGAAAAGAAAUAUUUUAACUUUGAAAUUUCUUAAGUAAAAUGCACUUAAGCAUUGAGCAGCUGGCGUCCUUAAUUGCCUAUUCGCAGUUGAGAUAAGGCAUCUGAAUCGUCUAAGACCCCGAGUACAACCUGGAGUGUGAAGUUGGGUUUCCUUUCAGAGCCCUUGCCUCUCUGUCUCGUGUCUCAGUCACUCUGCUUCCCACAGUAAUGGACGUGGGAAAUGUAGGAUGUUUCUUUGACUUGGAGAACGGGUAGAGGUUGUGUACUGAUUGAUAUGAAGCAGUCUUAACUUGCCAGGACGGUGUCCUGUGAAUGAAGACAGCAGGCCCGUGUUACGGAUGGCCCUUACUUUCUUAAUGCAGAUGCCAUAUGUGCACUGCCAGACAACGUCAGUGCCCCGGACCAGUCAGUGACCACUGGCUUCCAUGUAGAUGGGGGAAGUGCUGAAAGGAUUCUAGUCAUAAAAGCAACUAAAUGCUGUGCAUUUUCUACAGAACGUCUAUGAGUUCUCAAGUGAAGCAAUGUCCUCCAUACUGAAUAUUAAACAUGUUUAAUUUUCAUUUCUUUAUUUACUAUGAGUGCCUUCAAUGUUUGAAGAUGCCAAAAUUUAGUAUGUCUUAUGUUUCACAAACAACUUAAAAAUUUAAAACUCAACUCUGUUCUGGGUAAACUUUUGUUAUUUAACUUUAAGCAAUUCACCAUAUAGCUUUUGAAUCUAUUUUUAGCCUUUGAAUAACUUCUUUUGUAAAUAGAAAUGAACUGUUAUUAAAAAAGAAGAAAUACAUGCUUGAAUUCAGAGUAGUUGAAAAAAAGUUCCAUUAGGAGAUAAUCAAAAGCUGCUUUUUGUAACCUGCCAAAGUUUUAUAUAUUCAUUUUCUUAAUUUGUUAUAAUCGUAAUAUGUGAAUGAACCUUAUUAUAAAACUCUCAAACUAUACUUAAAACAUAAAAAUGCCCAUGUUCUCAUUCUCUGCUUCCUACUACAGAAGGUAGCUCCCAUUGACCAUGUCAUGGACAUUCUCUAGUUACUUCUACUUUUCUGUGCCUUAACAUAUAUUUCUCCAAUACACGAGUUGCUGUGCCCUAUGGCCUUGAACUUCAUGCUGGGUGCAGUGGCCAUCUGCAGGAAAACCCCUGCUUAAAUAUUUGAACUAUGAGUUGAAUUGGAUUUUUUUUUAAUUGAAUUGAAAAGCAAAAACUUGCUGGCAAAAAUUAUACAUGGUUCUUUAGACCUGGUUAUUUAGCAGACAUUUUCUCAAGACCAAAUGAAGUUAGCCUGUUGCUUUAAAGAAAAUUACUUACCAGUAUUUAUUCUCAGUAAUAAAACUGAAAUUUAUACUAGAACUUACAAUCUUGGUGAACUUGUAUCCUUCGCUGGAAACCUGUGCAGCUUUUCUUGACCUGAAAACUUUUCUAAUGAGAUGGAUAAAAUAAACACAUGAUUUUUUGAUACUAUUUAAAGCUUUUUCUAUAUCUAGAACAUCUAAGUAACCCAAUGGAGGCGGAAAAAGUCUCAGUGUAACCAAGAACGAAAAGCUAAUGUCUCUAGUUUCCUAUUACACACCACAAAUAAUCUUUAAGAAACACCUAUGGUUUUGGUAUAGCUACUGUUAUUUGAAAAGCUAUUAAAAUAGCCUGUCUUUUUCAACUACAUAUUUGUAUGAAUUUGGGUUUUCCUGCUAUACCUCAGGCCAAGUAGCGUGUCCAAAUAGACUGACUGUGGAAGACUGGGACACUGGGACCUCAACCUCUUCUCCAAAACUCACUUACACAAUGAGAACAUUUACAGAAAUGAAACAGUGCCAUCCUUGACAAGUUUUUAUGAAAAUGUGUUAUUAAAAGGAGCAGUAUUUAUGUUAAAGUGUAACCAGUUUACUAUGGCUAUUUUUUUUACUAUGGCUAUUUUUAAACGAAUCAAUAAAUCUUUGGAAAACA